AUGAUUGAAACCGAGAUCAUGGUAGACAAGACGGAGCUCGACUCGAGCCUGCUGGAUCUCCCGCUGCCGCAACUUACCAAAACAACGAUAACCGGCGAGUACUGGGCCUCUCAGCACCAGGCCCAGCGCCUCAACAGCGUGGACAUUGACCUACAAUCCUUUUGGACAUACUACAACAAAGAAUGUGUCAGGGCUCUCCACAACGGAGGGCGAUACGUGGCUCUGAGAUCGCACCGUGAUGUGGUCGACUGUGUUCACAAACUCAAGAGCGGGAUGCUGCGCCAUGGCAUCAAAGAGGAACUGCGAGAGAAACUCACAGCGCCUCACGACAAUGAAGACGAGAUGCUCGACAACUCGAUAGAUUUAGCCGCCAGUCUACUUUUGAUGAUGAGCUUCUGCAGCUUCGCGUACGGCUUCUCUGGCAGAAGUCAUCUCCGUUGGAGUCAUGGGUCCCUGGAGAGUUUUGUGGCAGCUUACUUUGAUCCUGGAGCUGCCCACCUGGCCAAGGAGAAUGUCAAGAUGGAGAAGAUAUUCACUGCGCGCAACCUGUGCCGCAUCGCAGGGCUGGAUAUUGUUUGGACUGAUAACUUGGUAGACCAUCUCCGAUUGACAGAUGACGAUCGACGUGUGCACAUCUUCCAUCAUGCUUCGUUCCUACAUGUCCAACAGCAAAGGUUUACCAUUCUUCUUGAGUACUUAAUGAGUGAGUACGCUGACUUGUUCUGGAAGUGCGGAGUCCCUACUACCCAAAGGUCUCGCGGAUGA